AUGAUUUUAAUAGAAUGUGCUAUCCAGUAUACAACUCAAAAAGCCAUCAAGAGUAGUAUAAUUGCUGACUAUUUAGCUCAUCAGCCUGUGGAAGAUUACCAGCCAAUGAAGUUUGAGUUCCCUGAUGAAGAUGUGAUGUUUCUCAAAGAAUAUUACAACCGACCGGAUCCAGAUGAAGGCCCAGAACCAGGAUCGCGAUGGACGCUCGUGUUCGAUGGUGCUUCAAAUUCUUUGGGAAACGGUGUAGGAGUUGUCAUUACUUCUCCCACAGGUUUUCAUAUUCCUUUCACUGCUAGAAUCUCUUUCGACUGCACAAAUAACAUGGCUGAAUAUGAAGCUUGCAUCUAUGGUAUUGAAGCUGCUAUUGAUUUGAGAAUCAAGUAUCUUGAAGUAUAUAGGGAUUCUGCUCUGGUCAUCAGCCAAAUCAAUGGAGAUUGGGAGUCUCGCCACCCAAAUUUGAUUCCAUACCGAGAGGACGUGUUGAAGUUGAUUCCAUAUGUUGAGGAGAUCACGUUUGAUCAUAUUCCAAGAGAAGAGAGUCAUUUAGCCGAUGCACUGGCCACUCUGGCAUCCAUGUCCAAAGUCAAAUGGGCGAAUAAGGCCCCCUCAGUCAGCAUUAUGAGGUUGGAUGAGCCAUCUUUUUGCUACAUUAAUAAUGAAGCACAAGAUGAUAAGCCUUGGUUUCAUGAUAUCAAAAGAUACCUUGAGAAAUAG